AUGGGGGGCUCAACAUGGCCUCCGCUUCUCCGACCCGAAGAGCCGACUCGGACCACCAACGACGCCACCCACCCACGGGAGAUCCGAGCCCAGACGCUCGGGAAUAACCGACGCCAAUCAGCAAAUCACCUGCGCAUGGCCAGCUCCACCGGAUUCCGGCGCACCGACAAGACCCUCAACACCUCAAGUACCCAAGGACACUGA